AUGACCACGCCCGUGCGGCGGCAUUUGACGAGUUUUCUACGCGAGACCCCGACGACGCAGACGCCUACGCACACGCCAUCGAGGAUGCAAUCGAUUCGGGAGCGAAUAGUUCGGGCUUCUCCUCUGGAGGGGACGGGGGGGUUGGAAAGAAAUGGGGGGUUGAAGUCCGUGCCCCCGAUCGUGAAGUUUUACAGUAAAGAAAAGUCUCGGGUGAAUGGCGUCCCGGUAGCUCGUCGGUCUCCGGGAGAGGUUUUUAUGGAAGAAUUGUGGUAUCAGGAAAACGAUAAUUUUUGA